UCUCUCUAUCUCCAGGCCAAGCGCAAACUGGACCUGGAGGGCCCCGAGCUCCGCACGCCCAAGGGGAAGGGCAGGACGCUGGCACAGGUCCCCAGCCCUAGGACCCCCAAGUCCCCCGGUGAGAAGACGCGCUACGACACCUCGCUGGGGCUGCUCACCAAGAAGUUCACCCUCCUGCUGAGCGAGUCUCCCGACGGCGUGCUGGACCUCAACCGCGCCGCCGAGCUCCUGGAGGUGCAGAAACGCCGCAUCUACGACAUCACCAACGUCCUGGAGGGCAUCCAGCUCAUCCGCAAGAAGUCCAAGAACCACAUCCAGUGGAUGGGGACGGGGAUCUUUGAGGACGCGGCGGUGGCGGCCAGGCAGCAGGUGCUGCACGGGGAGCUGGCCGAGCUGGGCAGGGCAGAGAGGGCUCUGGACCAGAUCCUGCAGGAGUGCAGCCUGCAGCUGCGGCAGCUGACGGAUGAUGGAGCCAACCAGAGGCUGGCGUACGUCACCUACCAGGACCUCCGUGCCAUCAGCAGCUUCCAGGAGCAGACGGUGAUCGCCGUGAAGGCCCCCCCGGAAACACGGCUGGAGGUGCCCGAUCUCAGCGAGGACAACCUGCAGCUGCACCUGAAGAGCACCAAUGGCCCCAUCGAGGUGUACCUGUGCCCGGAGGAGAUCCUGGAGGACAGCCCUACCAAGGACCAUGAGCUCCCCUCCAGCACCACGCUGCGGGACAGCAGCACCCACCCCUCCCUUCAGAGCAGCCCUGAGCCCCCCAUAUCCUUACAACCACCCGACGGUCACCGUGUCCCAUCCUUAUCCCCAUCCCCACCCCUCUCCAGCCCCGCAGAGCCCCACUCACUGCUGGAGGUGGGCACAGGGCUGCUGGGCUCCCCCCAUCACCUCCUGCAGCAGACGGAGGACCAGCUGCCCUGCGCCCCUUCCUACCUGGACUCGGUGCCCUUCAUCUCCUUCUCCCCCCCCCUGGAGCAGGACGAGUACCUCUGGGGGCUGGAGGGCGGCGAGGGGGUCAGCGACCUCUUUGAGGCGUACAACCUGGGCGAGCUGCUGAAGGACUGAGCCUUCUCCGCUCCCCACUGCUCCGUCCCUGUCCCCACGGCUGGGGAGGGGGGGGCACAGUGCCCUGGGUGGCUUUGCUGGGGGGCUUGGGGGGUCUCUAACAUCCCCACCGCCCUGUGGGCUGCUGGCAGACCUUUGGGUGCUUGGGUACCCCAGACCUUUGGGUAUGGGGUGAGGGGCACCCACCUAGGGGAGAGGGGCCCCCCUGCCAGAAGGAGCUGUGUUGGGGGUGGGGAGGGGGUCAUGUUCUGGGGGCACUCCAGUUGCUCCCCAGUUAGAGUGGUGCUUUGGGGUGGUGGAUGCUCGUUUGGAACGAUGUGUGGGGCACGGCGCAGCUCCUUGGGUUGGAGCUGAUGGGCGAGAGGCCACAGGGCUGGCAUUCCCUCUGCUAACCCUGAAAUAUCCUUGAGGAAUAACGAGCUGAGAUGGAAGCAACUUUUCUUCAAGAGGGGGAUGCUCAACUUGGGAGGGGGGCACCUCGCCUGCAGCCUCUUAAAACAGAGCUGUGGGUGAAUGGAGCAUCCUUGUGCCUGUGCCCUGAUCGUGCUGGGGGGGGGGGGAAUCAACGCUGGGGCUUAAUGGGGCAGAGGGGUGGCGGCUGGUACCUGCAAGGGGGGGGGUGUGUGUGUUCAGGAGCAGCUUGGGACAGAUUAGCUUUUCCCAAAUUGCAUCGCUUUCCCCUCCUCUCUGCAGAGGCUUUGUUAUCGCUGGGCCCAGCCUGGGGCAAUGCAGAGGUUUUCCCCUGGAUGGCAUCAGGCUGGGUACAGCCACGUGGCUUUUCUCCAUCCUGGAGAUGCAGGGUCAGCGUGGCCCCCACCAGCACAAAGGACACACCCCGGGGAAGCCCUCCCCAUCCUCCUCCUCCUCCUCUCCCCCCCCGCCCCCCCUUUUCCCUGGGAAUGUACAGCGGGCUUUCAAUCCCGCCGUCGGAAAACGUGUAUUAAUUAUUGCACUGUAUUUAUACGGGACCCACCUCCGACGCCGCGCUGUCGAGGGCUGGGGGCUCGGUUUUUAGGUGAGUGUAUUUAAGUUGUCCUCUGUGGGUUGGCUCUGCUGCGGUUUGGCUGGGACGGGGUGCGGGUGAGAAUGUUUCGUCGCGACAAACGCGUGGCGCUCGGUGCCCUCUGCCUGGGAGGGCGUGAAACGAGAUGAAAUAAAACUUGUGAGUCGUCA